ACCACGAACUAUUCCUGUAAAGUAUCAAACAACUAUUCAUAAUAAACUAUUUACUGCUAUUAUUGAUAGUAAAACUGCUAUUAGUAUGAUUAUCCAACAAGCUGCCAAAGAAAUUGAAUUGGAAAUAGACACCCCUUCUAAUAGUUUGAUUUUAUCUGCACUUGGAAAACAAGUUAGACCUCUAGGUGUUAUUAAGGAUGUUCCUGUAGAAAUUGCAGGAAUUACUAUUCCUAUUUCUAUAGAAGUUGUACUAGCAACUACUUACUCUUUUAUUUUGAAAAAUGAUUGGUUUUGCAAAGAAGAAGAAUAUGAGGAUAAAGAAUUAAUCUCUCAUGAGGCCUAUACUUUAGAAGCAGAAUUUAAUAAUAUUGAAGAUUCAGGAUGGACUAUAUAUUAA